AGCUUCACAUCGCAGAGUCAACAUUGACAUUAUCUGAUUCGAACCCACAAUUAUACCAAUUGAUCAUGAUAUUCUGAUACUAGACCUCUCAAUCCCAUCCUCAUCAACAUCAACACAUCAACACAGGAAAAUGCUUCGACCCUCCCUCCGACCGUCAACGGUCCAUCGAACCCUCUCCCUCCUCACCUCCUCCCCAACCCGCCUCCAUUCCACCUCCUCCGUCUCCGCAGAUGAGCUCUCCCACUUCUCCGCCCUCGCCAGCAGCUGGUGGGAUCCAAUGGGCCCAUCCCGAGUCCUCCAUCUCAUGAACCCGCUCCGUCACGACUUCAUCGCAUCCUGUCUCGCCGACGCCCCUCCCCUCCGUGACUCCGAGACAAACUCCUCCCCCGCAACCCUCCGCUACCUCGACGUCGGCUGCGGAGGCGGCAUCUUCGCCGAGUCCCUCGCGCGAACCAUCGCCCCAACCCCGUCCAGCUCCGCCGCAACACCCACCCGCGCCGCCUCAAUUAAUGCAAUCGACCCUUCUACCACCCUCAUCCAAAUCGCCCGCGACCACGCCCGCAUCGAUCCAACCGUAAACGCUCACCUCCGCGACGGCAGAUUCAACUACCAAAACCGUACCCUGGAAGACGUAGUCGCCAGCACCACUCCCACGCCCGAAUCGGCGGCAAAAGAAGAAGCAAACUACGACGUCGUCACCCUCUUCGAAGUCCUCGAACACAUUGAUCCGUCUACUUCCUCCCCACUUUCUUUCCUCUCAAACUGUCUCCGUCUCCUCCGUCCGGGGGGCUGGUUAAUCGGCUCGACCAUCUCCCGCUCUUUCCCGUCUUUCCUCGUCAACCAGGUUAUCGCGGAAGCACCUUGGCCGAUUGGUGUCGUCCCGCGCGGAACUCACGAAUGGAGCAAGUUCGUCAACGCAGAUGAGGUCCAGGGUUGGGUGCAGGAGGGUCUGAUGCGUAUCCAGGAUGGCGCUGCUCAAAAGGCCGGCCGUCAGGCGCUGGAAGGCAUGAAGUGGAAGUGUACCGGUGUGAUGUACUUCCCUGGUAUUGGGUGGAAGAUGGUGAAUGGGUCGGAGGAUUGGGGGAAUUAUUUCUGGGCUGUUAGGAGGGGGGUUUAAAUCACUUUACCCGUCUUCUAUAUGUAUUUCUAAUCUUGGGGAGAUGACUACGUUAAUGUAUAUACUGUAGAAAUAGACUGAUACAAUAUCUUCAAAUCGUUUAUUCGUGGUAUCUUUAAGCGUGUGUAUU